GCACCAACGUGGCAACAUUGUGAGCUGUCAUCUUCGAAUUGGAAAACGUGUAAAAGAAAAAUCCAGAAUAUUGACUUUUGUUAAGUCGUUUGAGUUAUACGGUUUUAUCAGUUAUCACGGUAUCAGUACAGUUAUAUCAGACGAGAGUGCAUUACUGAUUAUUCAGUAUUAUUACCAGCGUUCCUUCCAAUCAAGUGCAUUAUGUCUCCUAGUCCUUUUUAUCUAUUUUUGUUGAUCAGCUGUCUGUCCUUUACCAGUGCAUCAUCUAAUAACUGUCAAGGCUGUGUUCAACUGGACUCUUACUCUUUUGAGAAGGUUGUAUCUAAAUUCAAAGCUGCCAUUGUGAAGAUUGAUGUUGCAUAUCCUUACGGUGAAAAACAUGAACAAUUCGGGAAAUUAUCUUCCACCCUGUCUUCCAAUCCGGACAUCCUAGUUGCAGAAGUAGGAGUAAAAGAUUAUGGAGAUAAAGAAAAUGUAGACAUAGCUGAACGAUACAAGAUUGUCAAAGAAGAGUACCCUGUGAUGUUGUUGUUCACAGAAGGAAAGGCUGAGCCAAUCCGAUACCAGGGAGAAUUCAAACUCGAUAUGAUGCAACGAUUCGUAAGUUCCACGAGUGGUUUGUGGAUCGGCUUACCGGGAUGUUUGGAAGUAUUUGACGGACUAGCAAACCGGUUUGUAGCUGCUUCAAGCCCUUCCGACCGGAAGGAAAUCUUACGCCAAUCGGAGGAUGAAUGGGACAAGGUUUCACUUGGCAGCGAACGGAAAUCAGCUGAAGUAUACGUCAAGGUUAUGCGCAAAAUGCUGGAGAAAGGCAACGAUUUCCUUCAAUCGGAAUUAUCUCGAGUGGACACACUGCGCAAAGGAAAAUUGGCAAAAGAAAAGAAAGACGAAAUGGAGAGACGAGUCAACAUUCUCCAAUCAUUCCAGCCGAAACGUCCAGCUGCAAACACUGAACUAUGAAUCUAAUAAAAAACUGUUCUUCUCGGCCAUUCGAUACAUGCCGAAUAUGGUCCCUUUAUUCAUAUAGUGCGAAGACCAAACCCAGCUAUUCAAAGCGAUGCAUUCUCAUUUUCUUCGCAAAUACUGUAUUUUUUUAUUAUUUGAUGGGCCAAUACAGCCAUAUAGUUCCAGA